AUGAAGAAGUUCACGUUCAAGGGGGUGCUCGACGGGUUCCGCAGCUCGGUGCAGGCGGCUCCGCGAGGCACCGAGCAGGAGAUCCAGGAGACUCUGCGCCCCGACCACUUCCAAAUCAAAAAGACAUUUCGGCACGGGUUCCCGUUCUCGCCAACGGCGCUAGCAUGGGACCCCAUACAGAAGCUGCUCGCCAUAGGCGACAAAGGCGGCAACCUCAGAAUUCUCGGCGGUCCCGGGGUAGACGCUCACGUGCGCCACGAGUGCGGGGAGGCAGUCCUGCACGCCAGGUUCCUCAUCAACGAGGGAGCCCUGGUGACGGCCACCGCAGACGACCAGCUGCACCUGUGGACCUUCCGACAGAAGUCACCGCAGAGGCUGCACUCGCUCAAGUUCCAGAGAGAAAGGAUCACGUGCCUGCACCUGCCGCUGGCGUCCAAGUGGGUGCACGUGGGCACGGAGCGCGGCAACGUGCACGUCGUCAACAUCGAGACCUUCGCGCUCUCCGGGUACGUCAUCAACUGGAACAAGGCCAUCGAAGUGACGAGGCCGAACCACCCCGGCGCGGUCGUCGAAAUUAGCGAUAAUCCCCUCGACUCCAGCAAGCUGCUGAUAGCGUUCGAGACGGGCCUGGUGGUGGUGUGGGACCUGCGCGCGCGCGCGGCGGAGUGGCGCGGCGCGCUGGGCGCGGGCGCGCCGGGCGACGGCGUGCGCGCGGCGGCGUGGCAGCACGACGGCAAGCUCAUGACGGCGCACGCCGACGGCGCGCUCGCCGUCUGGACCACGCGCGCGCCCAGGCCCUCCUCGCUCUCCUACCCACAUGCAAAAGCAAACAAAGACGGCAAACUAGAACCUUGUAAACCUAUACUCAGACUGGAAUGGAAGACUUCGAGAACAGGCGAGAGCCUGGUGAUCUUCAGCGGCGGGCUGCCGACGGACAAGGCGGGGCGCACACACAGCAUCACGGUGCUCAACGGCAAGUCCACCACCGUGCUCGAGAUGGAGCACAGCGUGGUGGACUUCGUCACGCUCUGCGAGACUCCUCACACGGCGGACUACCAGGAGCCGUACGCGAUAGUGGUGCUGCUGCAGAACGACCUGGUGGUGAUAGACCUGCAGUCGCCCGGCUACCCCUGCUUCGAGAACCCCUACCCCAUGGACAUCCACGAGUCGCCGGUCACGUGCUGCUCGUACUUCGCGGACUGUCCAUCCGACCUGAUCCCGGCGUUCUACUCGGUGGGGCGGCAAGGCAACAAGAAGCCGACGGGCUUCAGCGAGAAGCUGUGGCCCAUCAACGGCGGCGAGUGGGAGCCCGCCUCCUGCUCAUACAACGAGAUCAUUCUCACCGGACAUGCAGACGGCAGUGUAAAAUUUUGGGACGCAAGUGCAGGGACCUUACAAAUUUUGUACAAAUUAAAAUGUUCUAAAGUGUUCGAGCGUCGCGGCGGCGCGGGCGGCUGCGGCUACGAGGACAGCCCGCUGGCGGUGCAGCAGAUCGCGCUGUGCGCGGAGUCGCGGCGCCUGGCGCUGGCGCUGCCGCACGGACACGUCGUGCUCUUCAAGUUCCGCAAGGGCGACACGCACGGCGACACACACGUGCUGGAGAUCCCCAUGAUAUCGGAGUCGAUGGAGGAGGAGGGGGGGGGCUCGCCGGACGCGGAGGGGGGCGCGGGGGGGCGCUCGCUCUCCUUCAGCCGCGCCAGCGACGCCUCCGAUGCUGACACCAGAAAAGGCGGCGCGUGGGCGGGCGGCGCGUGGGCGGGCGGCGCGGUGCGCGUGCGCGCGGGCGGGCGCGGCGGGCGGCGGGCGGCGGGCUUCCAGCCGGCGCUGGUGGCGCUGCAGCAGGGCCCGCCGCACCCCGUCACCGCGCUCACCAUCAACUCCUCCUACGGCCUCAUGGCGUGGGGCGGCGAGCGCGGCGUGGUGGUGGUGGACACGCUGCGGCGCGUGCUGCUGGCAGCGCAUGCGCCGGCGCAGCUGUACGCGCCGCCCGCGCCGCCCCGCGCGCCCGACGCGCAGCGCUCGCCCAGCCUCGACCAGCUGGAGGAGAGCGGCUCGCGGCCCACCCCCGCCGCCAGCCCCAGCGACCUGGCGCCGGAGGAGCCGGCCCCCGAGCCCGCGCCGCCCGCCUCCCCCGCGCCGCCCGCGCACGCCACACCUCCCGACGACAAGGCUAAGCUUGACACUAGAAGAAAGUCCACUUCCUGGAAACAUUUCAAUCUGAAACGACAGCUCUCUAAAGUGGAUCUCAAGUUCAAAGCGGCAUUCGCGACGCCCACCGAAAACAAUCUCGAAGAAGUGGCGGGAGAGAAAAGCAAUUCCCAGUUUUACUGCGAAUCGGCCGAUAGAUCUGAUAAAGUCGACAAAGGCGAGAAAAGCGAACAAGCCGAAAAGACGGACAAAGGCGAGAAGAGCGAGCCGGCGGGCGACAGCGCCGAGUCGCCGUCCAGCUCGGAGCACAAGCCCUCGGACGCGGAGGAGGAGCGCGCGGGGUCGCCGGGCGAGCUGUUCGAGCGCAUGCACCGCGAGCUGCAGGAGCGGCGCGGCGCCGACGUGUACGCGCGCAUGCACCGCGAGCUGCAGGAGCGCUGGCAGGAGCAGGACGCGCCGCCGCGGCCCGACUGCCUGGCGCUGGACGAGGCGCCGCCGCGGCCGGCGCGGCGCGUGCGCGCGGGCGACGCGCGGCUGCUGUCGGUGCCCAACAUCAAGUACCGCGAGCGGCGCGCGGCGGCGCCGGCGCCGGGCUCGCUGGGCGGCCUCAUGCGCCGCUUCAACAAGCUGGACAGCUCGUUCUCGCGCUCGCGCUCCAGCUCCAUGUCCAGCCUGGAGAACAUCUCGCAGGAGGGCAUCCAGUGCCUCGCCUUCGCUGAUAGCUACACUAAAAAGUCUGACCCCACGGCGCUGAUGCCGACGCUGUGGAUCGGCACGACGCUGGGCUCGGUGCUGACGAUGACGAUCACGCUGCCCGAGCCCGAGCUGCGCCAGACGCAGCCCGUGCUCAUCGCCACCAGCGGAGGGCCGUUAUUUAGGUUAAAGGGUUCAAUCCUGACAAUGUCAUUUCUGGACUGCAAUGGUGCUUUAAUUCCUUACUCCUACGAGAGUUGGAGAGACGAUACUAAAGAUGCGAAGGACCGGCGCGAGCGCACGCCCACGAAGCAGAGCUCGUCGGGCAGCGCCAGCCGCAUGAGCCCCACGCCCGGCGCCGACGCCGCCGGCGACCGACAGUUCGUGGUGGUGGCCUCCGAGAAGCAGGCGCGCGUCGUGGCGCUGCCCAGCCAGAACUGCGUCUACCGCCAACAGAUCGUCGACACGGACUUCGUCGUCAAGGCCGAGACGGUCAGCUUGAAAGACAGCGUGUGCCUGGUGAACUACCUGUCGACGGGGCACCUGGUGGCCUACAGCCUGCCAUCGCUGCGGCCGCUGGUGGACGUGGACUUCCUGCCGCUGACGGAGCUCGGCUUCCAGACACAGUCCAAACAGAGGGGUAUCGUAGACCCAAUGCUGUCCAUAUGGGGCCAGCAGCUCAUUGUUAACGAGGACACCGACCAGAUAGCGAAGACGUUCUGCUUCAGCAACAGGGGCCACGGCCUGUACCUCGCGUCACCCACUGAGAUACAGAAGUUCACUAUCGAUGCAGAGUUCUGCCAACAGCUGAACGAGAUGAUCGGCGAGCUGUUCCUGCCGCGCGACAUGCCGGAGCCGCCCAAGGAGAGCUUCUUCCGGGGGCUGUUCGGCGGCGGCGCCAGGCCCCUCGACAGGGAGGAAUUAUUCGGCGAGAGCAGCGGCAAGCCGCUGCGCACGGUGGCCAAGCACAUCCCGGGCGGCAGCGCGGCGCAGCUGGAGCAGCUGGGCGCGCGGGCGGGCUCGGCGGCGGCCGACGUGGCGCGGGCGCACCAGCUGGUGGUGGAGCGCGGCGACAAGCUGUCGCAGCUCGAGGACCGCACCGAGCGCAUGCACAACCAGGCCGCCGAGUUCUCCUCCUCGGCGCACCAGCUCAUGCUCAAGUACAAAGACAAGAAGUGGUACCAGCUGUGAGCCGCCGCGUCUCCGUGCCCAGGGACGCUACCUUUACUCUUACCUUUCGGCUUAUGAAGGCGGGACGUUCCAAACGUGUAAUAGGAAUUUCUAUGAACGCACCAAAACGAUCUGUUCCCGGGAUGUAUCUCGUGUGCUCUGUCGGUACGGCGGAGUCCGCGAGGGUACCGGGUGUCGUUGACGAAUGCCACAGAGUGCUUUAUUCUAUACUUGUAGCGUGACGACUGCGCCGGUCGGCCGGCAGUCGGCCAGCAGUCGGCAUGCAGUCGGCGGUGCAGCUCGGCAGCGCUCCGCCCGCCCGCUAGAGCUUAGCUACCACGUAGAUGUCUUAUGAACCUUACCUUAGACUCUAAUAGGCGUGACUCUCAUUCAAUGAACGCACAAAGUAAUCGAUAAUUUCGAGCAUCGUCGAUUUCGGUCAGUAGUGUCCCGCUUCGUACGAUCACACGCUGAAUCGUUCAAUUAUUUGUGUGCCUAAGUCGCGGCGCCUUCCCCUGCCCCUCUCAUCCCCCACCCCCUCACUCCCCGCACUCGGCGCCGCUCUCUCCGCAUUCGUUCACGCGAUGUAAUAAUGUAUAUAAAUCGAUAUCAUGAUUUACUUAAAACUCUUUUUAUACAAAUAAUGGCGAAGCGUCGGACUUCGAUGAUAUGUAUGUCCUAGUCUUCUGUUAGUGUUAGGUUUCAGUGGUCGCAGCUCCCCGUCGCCGCACGACUCACCAGCUUCCUACUGUUGAGCACUUAUGUACCGGUGCAGCGACAGUCGUGCGUCAGUCGUGCGGCAGUCGUGCGUCGGCCGGUGCGCUGCGAAGCUCCCCAGCAUGUAGGCUGCAUUUAUGUUAAAUAUUAUUAAGUUACUGUUCUGUAACACUACACAUUAUUUUCAAUGUUGCUAUUAAUUAAUACAUGAUGUAGAUGUACAUUUUAUAGAUACAAAGUGAACUCUAAUCUAAUAUGUAAGGAUAGUCGACGAUGUUGAUUUGUAUAAAGUAUUAAGUAAAUAAUAUAAAGAAAAAUAAUAUAUUAUAAAGAUUGAAAAUUUAAGCAUUGGAUGACAAUAAUUUUUGUUACUUCUCACUGGAGAUUUCUUUGACACUUGACGUGUAGUUUAGUUUCUCUUCCGCACACGUCUGGCUCGCGUCGCCGUCGUCCCGUCCGGCGCCAGCGGACGCUCCGGACAUUCGCCUCAGUUGGUGUUGCCACCGUUUGUAUAUUGACACAUUGAUAGCAAUACUAAAUGCGGGUUACCAGCCUAAAGUAAACCAGACCAAUGGGUGUUGUGUCGGUGUUGCUAGCUAAAAAAAAUAAAUAAAAUAAAGCGAUAACUAUUGUAUAAAAUAAUGGAUAAAGCUCCUUUGUAUAUCGCUGGUAUUAUAUAAGUGAGUGGCGAGAGACUCGCCCCGCGGUCCCUUUGUACUUAUAGAUAAGUUAACUAUAGCAGUUCUGUACUAUAACUUGCUCUAUUAGACAUUUGUGGAAUUGGGAAGAAAUAUUUGCAUAUUGGUAUGGUUCCUCAGUUUUUGCAAAUUGACGUGCAGUAGGUGGUGUCCCUCGCCACGCGUCGCGUAACUAGGGUAGUAUCGGUGUAUCGCAAGGCAAUAACACGCGCGUGGUGACGCACUCGCGCCAAGACUAUUACUGAUACAAUAGAGAGAUGCUAGUUCAGUUUAAUUGUAUUAUUAGUUAGCGAGUAUACUUUAGCCGUGUACGAUAUCGAUGCCAAACUUUGUACUGUUCAUGCUGUGUUAUACAUAAUACAUGUUAUAUUAAUAUCUGUAACUCAAUUUAAUCUUUCUACUUAGUUUAUCGUUUAUGUGACGCAAUACACGUCGACGAUUGCUAAUUCGAAUUAGUGUCAAGUUUUAUCUUGAACAAACAAAUAUUCAUAGUCUGCUAACAAAUGCUGUUCUCCGAAAAUAUCACUGUUUUUAACCAAAUUAUUUUUUUAAGUAGCAAGUUUUAUUGAGGAAUAUUUUCGGAACAAAGUUUACCCAAUUUUAUCGCUCUAUCAGUAGCAAUGAGUGAGGCGUGCACGUGCGCAGCCGGUGCGCCACACGUGCGCGACCGGUGCGCCACACUCGACCGGCAUAUCAGUGGAAUAUAUCAGCCCGUGACCGACGCGGGGAUUCUUCCUGUAGAUCAAUAUUAUAGUUUUGAGACGCUACAAAGUACAUUUUCUAAUGCCCCUUAAUGUAAAGUAGAUUUUUCAUUUUAACUUCAAUAAGAAUUAAAUCUACCGUAAGGUUUUCAACUGAGUAUUAUUUCACAGCAUCGCUACACUUUCGCAUAGCAUAUAGCAUACAUGAUUAUGUAUAGAGCUGUCGUUAGCCGACUAUUUCCAAGUAUAAAUAGUUCGCUUAGAGAUUAUUUUUAUCAGAGUUGAGAUUGAAACGGAGUUUCGUUGUUGAUACAGAUGAAUAAGUUUAACAUGUCCAGCCGAGCGGCUGGCUCUAGUCCUGAACGUGACCACGUCACACGUACCUCAUGCUCCGUGCAAUAUUCUAUAUAACUACGAUGUUAUGUAAAUUGACAAGUUAAGUUUCUCAAUUCUAUUAAUUGUUAAUUAUAGUUGAAGUACGCCACGUUGCAUGUACCUAGACGCCACAAUGUUCGGCGUCACGUCGGCUGCGUAAGCGCACCACAGUGCCAUUACACGCUGACGGUUCAUUUGGAAAUUAUGGGACUAAAUUAUAAAUAUAAGUAUUUGUAAAUAAAUAAUUAAAAAAAAAAAAACAAAAAUCUUGUGGCAAAUUAUUACUUGUUAUGUAACGAAGUGUAGGAUUCAUUUCAAUAUUAUUUUGUAUGAUUAGACGAGUGUCUUUUUCUAAUCGUUCAGAAACGAGGGUUAUAAAGAACUAUAAUAACUAUACAUAUUGUAUAUAAAGGAUGCUGUUGAAUUAUAUUGAUUAUUUAGUUUCGUAGAUGAUUAUUAUAGUCAUUAUUAUAUAUAAAUAAAUUAUGAAAAUAUGAAAAUAAAACUAUAUCAAAG